AGACCUUUCACCCCUUUGUAUCGACCCGUUCUUUCGCCAAUCUCUCCAUGGAGCCCAUUGCGUCCGAUACAUACCGAACGGCCUCCAAGGAUCAAAUUUGCGAAGGAUGUAACAAGCGUCCUGAGGAGGGACGCUCCCACCAACUUUGCAGCGGAUGUCGCGCAGCGAUGUUUUGUAGCAAAGAAUGUCUAGCGCAGGUGUGGAAGUAUCACAAGACUUCGUGCCUGAAGUUUCAGGCGCAGAACGAGCUCGAGGAAUUGGGCAAGCCGUCAGUUCGAGCCAAACAAAACCGCCGAUUCUCGGAGUUCUGGACCACACAUCGGGACACCUUUGUCGAUGCUAUCGACAUGGCUAUCCUCGGCGAAAUUGUCGGGAUUGAAGUCCCAAAUGGUUCCUCUUUUCCCGAACACAACUUUAACAUCAUCGAUGCUUCCAAUUAUGUGGCUUACUUCCAACUCUCCGAUAGAGCACAAGGCGGUGACCCAUCUAGGACAUACGAAGUCAAGCAAGGCACUCUUACGACCUGGGCCGUUUUUGAGAAGGACCCUAUACUCAGCGCGAUUUACGAUCUUGAAGAUGUCGCUAGGUGGCGACAAGAGAGCCAGGCAAGGAUCCAGCAACUCCGAGAGUCCGGUAAAUAUCUCGAGGACAUCGGCAUGGCUACCAUAAUGAUAAGAGUCCUGAGUCCCAGCGGCGACCCGGAUCUCAACCAGACUGUGCGUCUUGGGAAGAUGGUGUACAAACGGGACGUUAAGGCGUUGCUGACUGAGUUGCAGGCGUUGAAAGUGUCUCCAUCAUCAGAGUGGUUGGACAACCUGUUGAUGUACGUGGAUUCGGGCGUUUCGCGCAGGUGGUUCGAGCGCGAGGGGAUGAGGACAUCGGUCUGUGGGCACAUGGUCAAGGUUGUCGGUGAACCAGGCUCGAAGUCUCGAUGGAAAUGGUUAGAACUGUCACGGGAGGAAGCAGUAGCUCUUAUCAAAAAGCGCUUUGGGCAUCCGGUAACAAGGGGCAGCUCAAGGUCUUCUUGA